AUGGCCAUUUUCUCUGAUUUCAUUGAGAACAUCAUGGAGUUAUUUAUGGAUGAUUUCAGUGUUUAUGGUUUCGACUUUGAUAUGUGCUUGCAUAAUCUUUCUAAGGUGCUUAAACGUUUUGACAAAGCAAAAAUUGAGGUGAUUAAGAAACUUUCCCCUCCCGUGAAUGUCAAGGGAGUGAGAAGUUUUCUUGGUCAUGCAGGGUUUUAUCGUCGAUUUAUACAAGAUUUUUCGAAAAUAGCGAAACCCCUCACUCAAUUAUUGCUUAAGGAUGCCACAUUUGAGUUUACUGAUGCUUGUAUGGAGUCUUUUAAUAGGAUUAAGGAGGCAUUGAUAACUGCUCCAAUCAUACAACCUCCGGAUUGGGAUUUGCCAUUCGAGAUCAUGUGUGACGCGAGUGACUAUGCUGUGGGAGUCGUGCUUGGAUAA